GCAGCAUCCAUCCUGUCACUAACACACUUGUCAGUCACGGGUGCCAGGCUCUGAUUACGUGUGUGUGUGUGUGUGUGUGUAAAGUCGGCUUAAACAGCAGUGAGCUACACUAGCAGACAUUUCCACGUUGUACGUCGUCGUACCAGUUCAGCCUGAGACGGAGAAGGCGUCACAUCUGCAGUCUUUGGUCGAAUAUAUUCCGAGUUGAAAUGUCAGGGAAAACGGAAGCACCAAAAAAAUCCGAUACCAGCAUGCGUGCCUUUGCGGAGCGGGUGUUUGCAUCCGAGACGAAAGAUGAGGACGUCCGAGAAGAAAUCUCUCUCUUCGACGUGUCUGAAGACUGUCCCAUCAUCCACCAGGAGAUGGCCCAGCACCUACAGGAUGAAACAAAGGAGGAGAGGCGUAAGAGACAGCAGGCCUUUGUGAACACUGUAACAGUCACUGCAUCAGCUGAAGCAGACACUCCUACAUACCUAGAGGUGCCUGAGUUCCAGAGAGUGGCAGUCAUUGGAGACUAUGCUGCUGGGGUGACUAUGGAUGAUUUUGAACUGUCCUGCAGGGGCCUGUAUCGUGCCCUUUGCAUCAGGGAGAAGUACAUGCGGCAGGCCUACCAGCGUUUCCCCAUAACUGCUUCUCAAUUCUUGCGUAAGAUUGAGAGAGUAAACUGGAAGACUGAGGACCUGGUGGUGCCAGUCUUCACACCACCCACAGCUGGGGAGGACCCCUUCUGCACAAAAACGCUGCCACAGAAUCUGGGGUAUGUGGCAAGUAUGCAUGAUGGUGUGGUCCAUGUCUACAAAACAACAGUGGAUGCUGACAAUCACCAGCCCAUCGACCUACCCACACCAGACUACGCCACUUUCAUUGAUGACAUGAACUUCCUCAUUGCAUUGAUAGCGCAAGGCCCCACGAAGACCUAUUGUCAUCGGCGCUUGAAGUUCCUCAUGUCCAAAUUCAAUGUACAUGAGAUGCUCAAUGAGAUGGAGGAGAUGAGGGAGCUGAAGAACAACCCACACAGGGACUUCUACAACUGCAGGAAGGUGGACACCCACAUCCAUGCCGCUGCCUGCAUGAACCAGAAGCAUCUUCUGCGCUUCAUCAAGAAGUCGUACCGUGUGGACGCUGGCCGCGUAGUGUACAGCAUCAAGGGAAAAGAGAUGACCAUGAAGGAGCUGUUUGCAUCCCUCAACUUACACCCCUAUGACCUCACUGUGGACUCGCUGGAUGUGCACGCUGGCAGACAAACCUUCCAGCGCUUCGAUAAAUUCAAUGCCAAGUACAACCCAGUGGGGGCCAGCGAGCUGCGGGACCUAUAUCUGAAGUCAGAGAACUACAUCAAUGGAGAGUAUUUUGCCACCAUCAUAAAGGAAGUAGCUAGUGACCUCGAAGAUGCCAAGUAUCAGUAUGCAGAGCCUCGCUUGUCCAUCUAUGGCUGCAACGCAAAUGAGUGGGACAAACUUUCCCAUUGGUUCAAUAAGCAUCGUGUCUACUCCCCCAACCUGAAGUGGAUGAUCCAAGUCCCUAGAAUUUAUGACAUCUUCAGGGCAAGAAACUUUGUGCCCCACUUUGGGAAGAUGCUGGAGAAUAUCUUCCUCCCUGUCUUCCAAGCCACCAUCGACCCGCAGAGUCAUCCUGAGCUCAGCAUCUUCCUCAAACAUGUGACAGGGUUCGACAGUGUGGACGAUGAGUCCAAGCAUAGUGGCCACAUGUUCUCCACCAACAGCCCCAAGCCGGAGAAGUGGGAUAUUGCCAAGAACCCAUCAUACACUUAUUACAUCUACUACAUGUACGCCAACAUCAUGAUGCUCAACCAGCUACGCAUGCAAAGAGGGAUGAACACCUUCCUGUUCAGGCCUCAUUGUGGAGAAGCUGGGGCAGUUACACAUUUGCUAGCUGCCUUUAUGACAGCUGACAACAUCUCCCAUGGACUGAACCUCAAGAAGAGCCCUGUGCUACAGUACCUGUACUUCUUGACCCAAAUACCCAUCGCCAUGUCUCCACUCAGCAACAAUAGCUUAUUCCUGGAAUAUGCCAAGAACCCCCUCCUGGAAUUUCACAAGAAGGGGCUAAUAGUGUCCUUAUCGACUGAUGACCCCAUGCAGUUCCACUACACUAAGGAGCCCCUGAUGGAAGAGUAUGCCAUCGCAGCUCAGGUGUUCAAGCUGAGUACCUGUGACAUGUGUGAGAUCUCCAAAAACAGUGUUCUGCAGAGUGGGCUGUCUCAUGAGGAGAAGCUCCAUUUCCUGGGAGAUCACUACCAGAAAGAUGGCCCAGAGGGCAAUGACAUCCGGAAGACGAAUGUUGCACAGAUCCGCAUGGCCUACCGCUAUGAGACCUUGUGCUAUGAGCUGAACCUCAUCAAGGAUGGUAUCAAGUGCUAAUGAGCAGAUGGUGCCUUGGAAAAUCAAGCAGUUUUGUCAUAGUGGUGUGUUCAGCUUCAGCUGCCAAAGUUUGUUGGGUUUUCAUUAGGAAUUAAACAAGUUUUAACCAAAAAGCAUUUACCUAAGAUGAAAACGUUAUACCCUGGUCUUAGAGGUUGUUAUUUACAGAAACCAAAGUACAAUUAAUGGAAAUAAAAUGUAAACUAAUAUAAUUAUUUUAAAAGGGAAAACUUUUUGUUUUUUGCUUUCUAAGUCUUUGAAGUCUAGCGUAGUACAAUAAGACCAAAUCACAGAAGCAUUACUGUUGAGCCUUUUAUGUACAGGAAUACACUCAUAUACUGGAAUAUUUUCCAAAAAAUGCACAUAAAAUCCUUUGAAGAAAGUAUUCACUGUGGACACAUAUAACAUACUUUUCAAUAUAUUCAAAAAUUCAUCUGCAGCAAUCUGAUGCAUAAACACAAAAUUUCUGACAUCUCUAGUUGUGGCAGAAUCUUGAAGAAAGGUGACUAAAGUAGCACAACAUUUUAUCAUCAAGAAUUAUAUAGAGUUUACUAUAUAGUAAACGUUCAAAAAAGAACUCAUAUUUAGAUAAUGCUAGAUUAUUUAUUUAUUUGUUUAUUUUAAUCAAGGAUUUAGGUAAGGGGCAUGUUGAAGCUGAUUGGACUUGCUAAAUUGCCCGUAGGAGUGCAUGUGUGAGUGAAUGGUGUGUGAGUGAAUUGUGUGUGAGUGUUCCCUGUUUUAGGUGGAAAUUAGCGGGAGAACACUUCAAGCUGAAUUUAAGGAAGCACUUCUUUACACAGCGUGUAGUCAGAGUAUGGAAUACCCUUCCUGAUAAUGUAGUGUAAGCUGAAUCCUUGGGUUCCUUUAAAUCAGAGCUAGAUAAGAUUUUAACGACUCUGAGCUAUUAGUUUAGUUCUCCCCAAGCGAGCUUGAUGGGCCGAAUGGCCUCCUCUCGUUUGUAUAGUUCUUAUGUUCUUAUGUUCUUAUGUUCUGUGAUGGGCUGGCUCGCCAUCCUGGGUUGUUCCCUGCCUCAUGCCCAUAGUUUCCGAGAUAGGGUCCAGGCCCCCCGCGACCCAGUUGGAUAAGCGGUUUGGGAAAUGGAUGGAUGGAUGGAUGGUUCGAACUGUUCAAAUAUCAUUUUUGUAUUAUGUAUUAUGUUUUAUUUCCAUAAAUAGGUCAACCAAAAUAACAAGAGACAAAUAUACCUACACAAGCAGUUAUAUUUCAACAUAAGCAUGUCCUUUAUAAGAUCGACAUACUUACACAUUACAAAAUGAAUAAAAUAACUAGAUUACAGUAUAUAGAAUGAGUUUGUUGUGCUGUGAUAAAGGAGCAACUAAAAAAAAAGCAUUCUUUUUUUCUUGAUAUAAAAUGGGAAAUAAUCAAACCAUUGGGGACAUGCAGUGUUGCAAGCUUCUGUCUACCGCAUUCAUUACUAAAUAUUUACUCAUUUAGUAGAAUACACUUUUUAAAUGUUUUAAAUGUUCAUGCUGGGGGCGGCAUGGUGGUGCAGUGGUUAGCACUGUUGCCUCACACCUCUGGGACCCGGGUUCAAGUCUCCUCCUGGGUCACAUGUGUGUGGAGUUUGCAUGUUCUCCCCAUGUCGUCGUGGGGUUUCCUCCGGGUACUCCGGUUUCCCCCCACAGUCCAAAAACAUACUGAGGCUAAUUGGAGUUGCUAAAUUGCCCGUAGGUGUGAAUGUGUGAGUGUGCCCUGUGAUGGGCUGGCCUGGGUUGUUCCCUGCCUCGUGCCCAUUGCUUCCGGGAUAGGCUCCGGACCCCCCGCGACCCAGUAGGAUAAGCGGUUUGGAAAAUGGAUGGAAAUGUUCAUGCUUAUUCACAGGACAGGGAGAGGGUAGACACCAUCCAAUCAGCUUCUCCAAUCUAUCCUCCUGUGGACACCCCCUGUUGCUAAUUGACUGGAACAGUUCAGUGGCUCAGUCUGAUUCACUUUGUUUUUUUCCCAGUUACAGACUUGGGGCCGCGUAGAAACAUUUUAUUUAUUUACUUAUUUCCAACGCACACACAGAAUGGGCAACUAGUGGACUGUGAGGAGAAAUUUGCUGAAUUUGACUAAAAGUGUUUCGGAUUAAAAUUGCAUACCCUACCUUUCAAGUACACAAUUCUAAGACAUGAGAAAUUUCACCCUGAGGGAUAAUUUGCAAUGAAGAGCUAUUAAUAAUGGAAGAGUAGGCUAAUUACAUUACUGAAGCUAGAACCAUAGAAAAAAGUUCUACAAUUUUGCCAUCUACUGACCAAAAUCUGAAAUAUUUCCAAAUGGGGCUUUGUAAAUUGCAAAUCUCUCUGUGGGCGAGCUAGGAUGUAAACUCUGUUAUCUUAUUAUACAGUUGUCAUGGAAUUAUUCACUCAUUUCAAUCAAUGUAAGUGAUGUUGUGUGACUCCUGUCUAUCCUGUCAUUCAGUGCAGCAUCACAGGCUCAUGCAAGAACAUGCGAGGCAGACAGUCCCAGUAGUGCUUUAUUUUGUUUUUGCCAUCAAAUAUAAUUUUCCACAAUGAAA